UGAAAUACAAAAUCUCGAUCAGCAGUAAUAGCGUCCGUCCAUUUUCUGCCUAAGAGCUGUAAUUAGUUUUCAGACUAAUCAAGAAUAGGUACUAUGAUUCCUCUCAGAAAAUUGCAAGAGAUAGUGAUUCCUAUGAACAUGGUGGCAUCAAAUGCUGUGAAGCAGCUGACCAGCUCACAAUCAGUGCCCAUUCGUGGUAUUGCAAAAGUCAUGAGUAGUAAUGGAAAUGUGAACAAGUUUACGAAACGGACACAUUCUUGUGGAGACCUCACUGAGAAGCAUGUGGGAAGUGUGGUGAAAUUAUUUGGCUGGCUUGAGUUUCAACGAAUGGGGAAGUUUAUUACAUUAAGAGACUCCUAUGGCUCAACUCAGCUAGUUAUACCAAAAGAGAGAAGAGAUCUCACUGAUGUUAUAAAAAAUACCCCAUACGAGUCCAUCUUGUCUGCUACUGGAGUUGUUCAAGAAAGACCUCAAGGUCAGGAAAAUACUGAUAUGAAGACUGGGGGUGUAGAAGUUCAUAUUUCUGAUUUGAAUGUAGUGAGUUUGGCAAAAAAACAGUUGCCCUUCAGCAUUCGAGACUUCAAUAAGGCAAAGGAACCGCUACGGCUGAAACACCGUUAUCUUGAUUUGCGAUUUGCGGACAUGCAACACAAUCUUAGACUCAGAUCUCAAGUCACUAUGAAAAUGAGGGAAUAUCUCUGUGCAUCUGGAUUUGUGGAUGUGGAAACGCCUACAUUAUUUCGCAGAACUCCUGGGGGUGCACAAGAAUUCGUUGUGCCAACACAACUUCCUUCCCGCUUUUACUCUCUGGUGCAGAGCCCUCAGCAGUUCAAACAAAUGUUAAUGGUUGGAGGAAUAGAUCGUUACUUCCAGAUUGCUCGAUGUUACAGAGAUGAAGGUGGACGAUCCGACAGACAGCCUGAAUUCACACAGCUUGACAUUGAAUUAUCUUUCCCUGAUAGAGAUGGUAUUCUGCAACUGAUAGAAGAAAUGCUUGUCUACUGUUGGCCUGAAGAAACAGAGCCAAUAUCUGCACCAUUCCCUCAGCUGACAUAUCAUCAGGCCAUGAAACUCUAUGGUACAGACAAACCUGAUACAAGAUUUAUGAUAAAGAUCCAUGAUGUCACCAAACUCCUAGUGAAGUAUGGACCUACAUGGUUCGAAAAUAACAGCUACUCUUCUUCUAUGACAGUGAAGGCUCUUGUUUUCCCAAAUGUAUCUGACUAUUUAUCAGAGAGCAUGAGGAGAUAUUUUAAAAAGUCUUUCGCCGAAAAUUAUGCUUCAGAAAAGCUGAUCAUAAUUCCUGUUGGGAAUAAUUCAGAAAACAUGUCUCUUAUAGAGGACAUAAAUUCUAUGAUGGAAGACACAAGGAAAAAUCUCCAAUUGAAAGGUGGAGAUCUGUUAUACUUGGCUGCUGGUUUGGAAAACCGUGUUCUGCCAGCAUUAGGGAAAAUUCGAGAAGAGUUCAUAGCUCACUUGACAGCUGAAGGUGCUGAAGGAUACACAACAAAAAAAUUUAGUCCUUUGUGGGUUGUAGACUUUCCACUAUUUUUGGAAGGAGAUAUGCAGGGAAGUGUAGUGUCAGCACAUCACCCAUUUACACAACCACAUCCAGAUGACCUUCCUUUGUUGGAAAUGGAGCCUUUAAAGGUCCGUGGACUACAUUAUGACUUAGUCAUCAAUGGCUGUGAAGUUGGUGGAGGUUCCAUUCGUAUCCAUGAUGCAGCGCUGCAGACUUUUAUUCUUAAGAACAUUCUACAAAUCGAACCGAACUCUCUUCACCACCUUAUCGAUGCUCUACAGAGCGGAUGUCCACCACAUGGCGGCAUUGCAUUAGGUAUCGAUCGGCUAAUGUCAUUGCUGUGUCAUACAUCAAGCAUUCGGGAUGUAAUUGCUUUUCCAAAAGGCAUUGAUGGUAAGGAUUACAUGUCAGGAGCGCCUGUUCCAAUAACAGAAGAGGAACAGAAACUAUAUCAUAUUAGAAGUGUACCUCAGAAAUCUGAAAACAGUAUUACCAACACGCAUAGCUCUGCUGUGUAAUUACUUCGCUUUGCUCAGUUUGUUUAUAUAAAACUUCUUCUCAUUUGCUGCAACUGUACUUAGGUAUUAGGUUUUGUAUAUUACUCAGCAUUUAUAAGUCUUUAUGUGAAAUAAUUCUUGGUUUUUAUUUUGGUCAUUGUUAUAUACGUCUCACCCUAGUAUUUG